AUGGACCUGUUCUCCGCCGCCUGCGAGAACUUCGGUCUGGUCAUUAACACGCAGAAGACGAUGGUGAUGCACCAUCCGCCACCCCGCUUAGUCACAGCCCCCAACGCGCCGCCACAAAUCAGCGUGAAAGGAACCCAACUGCAAGUGAUGGAGAACUUCCCGUACCUGGGCAGUACUCUCUCCCGCAACACCCAGAUCGACGACGAAGUCGCCAACGGGAUCUCGAAAACCAGUCAAGCCUUCGGUCGCUUCCAAAACACAGUUUGGAAUCGCCACGGUCUUCAGCUGAGCACGAAGCUGAAGAUGUACAAGGCCGUCAUCCUGCCGACACUACUGUAUGGAGCAGAGACUUGGACGGUGUACGCAAAGCAGGCACGUCGUCUGAACCACUUCCACCUCAAUGGUCUUCGUCGCAUCCUGAGGCUGAACUGGCAGGAUCGAAUCCCCGACACUGAUGUGCUGGAACGGACGGGAAUCCUCAGCAUCUACGCCAUACUAAGGCAAAUGCAGCUGCGCUGGAGCGACCACCUGGUGCGCAUGGACGACGAGCGACUACCCAAACGACUCUUCUACGGAGACGUCGCGACGGGUUCUCGCCGUCAAGGAGGCCAGAUUUGCCGUUACAAGGAUACCCUGAAGUCCUCGCUGAAACGCCUGCAAAUCAACCCCGUCGACUGGGAGGAGCUCGCACUCGAUCGACCGACCUGGAGGAGGACAGUGAAGACAGGCGCUGCGAUCUACGAAGCCAACCGCAUGGCUGCCGCCAAAGCGAAACGCGAAGCCCGCAAAUAA